AUGGCGGCGAUGAUAUUAACUCCGACACAAAAAAUAUUAUGGGAACAGAAAUGGAGAGAUUUGCGUGAACAUGCAGCGCUCCAAAAUUUAGACAGACAGCCGGGGGAUCCGCUUUUUGGAGCCGGUAUACCUCAACUGAUGGAUACAGACCCGAUGGCAGAUCCAUGCCUUCAGGCGCGUCUAGAUCCAGGCAUCCUCCAGCUGACCACGACCCUAGCCCUCCGGGCAAUGUUAAGGAUUCCAGAGACCGGGAAGCCAGGGGCGUCUGAACCAUACAUGCAGUUUAUUGACCGGCUUUGCGAUGCGCUAGAUAAGCAGGUUGACAAUCGGGAAGGAAGAGACGCCUUGCUACAAAGGCUAGUGGUAGAAAACGCAAGUACCGACUGUAAAAAGGUGCUACAGGCUCUGCCCGUGAAUGCAACAAUAGUUCACAUGAUAGAGGCGUGUAACCGAGUGGGCUCUGUGGAACACCAUACCGAAUCUCUGGCGUCUGCUUUUGCAACAGCACUACCAUCAGUCAGGACCCCAAGGCUCGGAAAAAAUGCUAUCGCUGUGGAGACCCCAGCCGGAAGUCUCCGCAUUCCCCUGGCGGGGGCGGGGAGGCAGCUCGCCCCCAGUCCCGCCCGUUUUGUGUCCCGGGAGAAGCAUGUAAAUCUGGUGCACAUCGAGUCACGGAAAUCCAAGAGACGAAAUUCCGAGUUUGAGAUCUUUGUUGACUGUGACAGUAACAGGGAACAACUGAAGGAGAUCUUCCAGCUCCUCAAAUCCCAUGUCAACAUUGUCUCUAUGAACCCAACAGAACAUUUCAAUGUGCAGGAAGAUGACAUGGAGAAUGUUCCCUGGUUUCCAAAGAAGAUCUCAGAUUUGGAUAAGUGUGCAAACCGAGUGCUGAUGUAUGGGUCUGAUUUGGAUGCUGACCAUCCAGGUUUCAAAGACAAUGUCUAUCGCAAGAGACGAAAGUAUUUUGCAGACCUGGCUGCGAACUACAAACAUGGUGACCCAAUUCCCAAGAUUGAAUUCACAGAGGAGGAGAUCAAGACCUGGGGGACUGUAUACUGAGAGCUUAACAAGCUUUACCCAACUCAUGCCUGCAGAGAGUACCUUGAAAACUUGCCCUUGCUCACCAAAUACUGUGGGUACAGGGAGGACAAUAUUCCCCAGCUGGAAGAUGUGUCCUGCUUCCUGAAAGAGCGGACAGGUUUCACCAUCCGUCCUGUUGCUGGGUAUCUGUCACCCAGGGACUUCUUGGUGGGAUUAGCAUUCAGAGUUUUUCACUGCACUCAGUAUGUCAGACACAGCUAGGACCCUCUCUACACACCAGAGCUUGAUACCUGCCAUGAGCUCCUAGGCCACGUCCCUCUUUUGGCUGAACCCAGUUUUGCUCAGUUCUCCCAGGAAAUUGGUCUUGCAUCACUUGGGGCAUCAGAUGAGGCUGUCCAAAAACUGGCAACAUGCUACUUCUUCACUGUAGAGUUUGGCUUGUGCAUGCAAGAGGGACAGCUAAGAGUUUAUGGGGCUGGCUUGCUCUCUUCAUUUAGUGAGCUCAAGCACUCGCUCUCUGGCAGUGCCAAAGUCAAGCCUUUUGAUCCAAAGGUCACCUGCAAGCAAGAAUGUCUCAUUAUGACUUUCCAGGAGGUUUACUUUAUUUCUGAAAGUUUUGAAGAAGCAAAAGAAGAGAUGAGAGAGUUUGCAAAAACUAUCAAGCACCCAUUUGGCAUGAAGUACAAUCCAUAUAUUCAAAGUGUGCAGAUCCUGAAAGACACCAAGAGCAUUGCCAGCGUGGUGAAUGAGCUACGUCAUGAGCUGGACGUUGUCAGCGAUGCCCUCAGCAAGAUGGGCAAACAACUGGAAGUUUAA